GUAUUGGGGGGGGGAGAGGGUUGUAGAAUAAGAAAUAGAAAGAAAAGGGAGGAGAAGUUCGUGAGUGAGUUAGUGCGUGUGCGCGCGUGCGCGCGCGCGCCCCCUUCUUUCGGUGUCGCGAAACGGAACCGUAGAAAAGACAUACAACACAUUUACACACACGCGUACGUACACAUACACAGUAUCAACGUAAAAAGGUGAAGGUGGCAGUGGUGGGGGUGGGAGGGGGAGGACCAAGAGAGAGGGUGAGAAAGUGCAAAGGGGGUGAAAGAGAUAAUGUGAGGAGUGCGAGCUUACAAGUAAGCAAGUGUGCGUGAACAAGAAGAAAUAAACGCGAGUAUUGAGAUUGAGUUUGAUAGAAAUAGAGAGAGAGGGGGGUGUAGGUGUGCAGAGGGGGAGGGAGAGGGAGAUAGUGUGCGAACAUGUGUCCGUGCCGAGUAUCCUGUCCUCAAAAGUGACAACGGCGGAGGUGCGUCGAAAAAGGAUCGACGAAAUUUUCUUCUUCUUCUACUUCUUCUACUUCUACUUCUACUUCUACUUCUAUUAUUCUAAUAUUAUUAAUUAUUCUUAUUUAAUUCUCUGACAUACUAUAUAUAUAUCAAGAAUUAACGAAAGGUUGAUACGCGGUUAUCCUUAUCUACUACUAAUAUUCAUUGGCUUAUAUCAACCACCGAUGCAGACCUUACGGAAAAAAAACAGCCCGUGCAAGUUUAAGAACGAGCCAACACGGUUCCUCGGGGAUGGUGUUUCGUUCAAAGCGAAGCUGAUUGGUAUAUUGGAAGUAUCAGAAGCACGUGGUGAUCGAAUGUGUCAAGCAGCAUUGGCAGAUUUGAAAAUGGCGAUUCGUGCUGCCGGUGAACAUAAACAAAGGAUUGUUGUUCAGGUCAGCAUAGAUGGGCUUCGUUUGAGGGAUGAAAAAUCUAGCGAAUGUUUGUACCAUCAUCCCGUGCACAAGAUAUCGUUCAUCGCUCAAGAUAUGAGCGAUUCGAGAGCAUUUGGUUAUAUAUUUGGAUCACCGGACACUGGGCACAGAUUUUUCGGCAUUAAAACGGACAAAUCAGCGAGUCAGGUGGUUGUUGCGAUGAGAGAUUUAUUCCAAGUUGUGUUCGAACUAAAGAAAAAGGAAAUCGAAUUAGCGAAACAACAAAUCGAACAGAAUGCUAUCAAUGCGAUCAAGUUUCAUCCGACUGGUAUGUUCGUUGAACCAGCACCGGAUACCAAAGGUGCAGCGGGAACCGAAUCGUCGUCAGUUCAUCGAACGCGAAUUACAAAUUCGGAGAGUGAUAAAAGUACCGAAAGGAAAAACGAAAAUCAAAGUGGGGACAUUGCCGAUUUGUUGGAUCUACAAUUCGAAUUGAACUCGUUACAACAGGGAAUACAUCAGAUGGAUAAAAUAACCCCGGAACAACCUGGACCAUCAGCUGAUGAUUUAUUUGAGAGUGAUCCAUUCGGUGAUUCAUUUGCGAAUAUGAAAUUGAAAGAUACCGUACAACCAAUUUUACCUCCACCACCAUCCUCAUCAAAAAGAGGCCAUUUGGAACGACAACAAACCGUUCCAGCCCCAACAACAUCGGCAACGUCCAGUCCUGCAACAACAUUGUAUAGCAAAACACCACCUCCUCAAGAUACGAUUCAUUGGUUCGACAAAGAAACGGAAAAUCUUUUCAACGAUGGCGAAUUAACGAGCUUAACGAAAAAUAAUAAUACUUCAGGGAAAAAGGAACAAGAAGAAACGACAUCAUCAUUGAACACAACCCCGAGAAGUAGCCAAGCGAAAAGUCCCCAGAUCGAUGUAUUCACGGAACUGGAUCCCCUAGGGACUGGUCUGAUAAAGCCUUACGUCGAUAAGAAAGACUUCUUCCAACAUCUGAAAAAUCCUCCAAAAAAGAAUGAUUUACCUUUGAAGGAAGGUGAUCGCCACGAAGAGGGCAAUUUCGCGAAUUUCGAUCGGUUUGAUGAGAACGAGGCCAUGCAGUCGUCCAUCCUUCCGAAGGCUGACUCGCCCCAAAAGAAAGAUAUUCUAUCAAGGCCGACUCAUCAUCAACCAUUGUCAGUGUCCCUCCCGCCGGAAGAGACGCCUCCUACCAAGAGUACAUUUUCCGGGGGGGUUGUUUCUGUAUCUUCGGUUAAUGCAGCAGCCAAUGUUGCUGGAGGAAUGACAAGCGUUAUUGUUAAUAAAUUAGACAAGGAUUCGAUUGAAUCGAUUCAAACCUUGGUCAAAUUACCGAGCCCAAAGAAAUAUUUGCAAUCGGUUAGAAAAAGAGAAUUCGAUAUAGAAUUAAGCGGUGGUGGUGGCACCACCAUCACUACCAUCACUACCACCACUACCACCACCACCACAACCACCACUACCAUCGGUAUCAAAUCACAGUCCAUUGAAAAAUCAUUUCCAGUCGAUUUUUCGACUACGACCGAAUCACCAGCAUCACCAUUGAGAUCAUGUUCCUCCGAUGCAAACUCUAGAUUAUCCAGUUCCAGUGCCGAAUUAGAUCUUGUUCCUGAACCCCCGCCGAGAGGCGUUGCUAGUAUUAUGAUCAAUCCACCACCCUUGCCACCGAAGAAACAAUCUGCUCGAGGUGUUAUCAAACCCCCACCUAGACCACCCUAUACUACCGAAUCUCAUUUUCAUCAUAAUGAUUUCAUUGUCGAACGCGAGGAAUCAUCUCCGUCACCUACGAGAAUCAAAGAAAGGAUGAAAAGUCCUCCGAUAGAUACAAAGAGUCAAUUCGAUGAUAAUUUUAGUCCAAUCCCACAAAUGUCUGCGAGAACUGAUUUGAUUUCUACAAUGACGACCUCAGCUUUCGAAGAUUCCUUUAGUACGAUGAUACCAACGACUAAUUUAUCAACGUAUUUUUCAUCAACCGUUACAACACCAGUUACAACGAAAAAACCUAAACCCUCGUUGGACAUUACGCUCAGUCAAUUAACUUCUGCAAAUUUAGACGAAUUAGCUAGCAGCCUUGGUAUGACGGUACAACAAUUAACAAGCUUAACGUUACAACAAUUAACCGAAUGUUUGGCCAAUUUAUCGAGCAAAGAAUCAACGAUAGAACCGAAAGAAGAUAAACCGAUUGUUCAACCGAAAACAGAACAAUUGACGACAUUAACGAAACAAUCCAGUACGUGUCAAAUAGCUGAGACCAGUUUCGUCAGCGGGGAGCCACUUUUCAAAGCUAAUUUCGAUCAGGAACCAAUGAGGAAGGAACAGGAACCGACAUACGACAAGUAUGCCGUAUUCCGGGAAUUACUUGAAAUGGAACAAAUGUUGGAAGAAUCUAAAGAGGAAAGAAACGACGAUGAAAUGAUCACCGAUACCGAGAAUAAAGAAUCUGAGGAGGAACCUAAAGAAUCCGAUGAUAAAAAUCGAAAUGAGAUAUUAGCCGAAGCGAUCGUGGCUAUGGUCAAUUUGACUGUUAAAUUGCCGCCUAGUAACGAAGAAUUAAUGAAAGAUGAAACUAGGGAAGAUGAGAUCGAUGAAAACAAUGAAAUUGAAAAUGAUAAGCCGACGGAGACGAUGGAAGAGAUCGAUGAGAUGAAAGAUGAUGUUAUCGAGAUGUCGAUGAAUUUAGAAUCUAAUAGGAAGAUAGAUUUAGAAAUAGAAUUAGAAACCGAAGCGGAUAUCGAAGCUGAUAUAGAAGAUGAUAUGAUUGAGGAUACGACAAUGGUAGGUAGUCAAGAUAAAUCCGAAACAUUAUCGGAUAAGGGUAGCGAAGUUAAUGGUAUUUCGGAUAAAGUUAUAAUUGAGAAUACAGAUGACACCGGUAGAUCUUCGGUGACUGAAAAAAUGGAGGAAAGGUACUCGACGUCAACGUCCAGUGACAGAUACGCAGCAUUAAGGGAGAUCUUUGUUGAGACCGAAAGAAGGAAUAAACAACAAAUACACGCGUCUUUGGCAACAGAUUCCGAAUUGUUAAGUUUGUUUUCGGAUAGUUUGCCACCAGAAGCAGCAGCAGCAGUAGCAGCAGCGGCAGCUGCAACUGCAGCAACAACAACAACAGCUGUAUCUACGAGUCCUAAAAAAUCAUCAGUUAAGAAAAAGGAUGACGAUGAUUUGAAAGCCGUGGCGAUGGAUAUUUUUGAAGAAAUCAAAAUGCUUAAUACGGGAACACACCUUGCUGGUAAAGAAAUCAAAGGAACUACUACCGGUGGAUUCGAGGAUGUAUUUUGUCCGUUUAACGAUGAAACUAAAGACAAUCGUGAAGAGGUUAUUAUUAACAAGGAAGAUGGUAAUUGGGCAAAGUUCGAAACGAGCAUGAUCGGUUCGGAUAGGUCAUCAUGCGAGGGUGCACGUUCGGUAGGUGGUACGUCACCGUGGUCACCCGAUGGCAAAGAUUUUCAUCGCGAUAUUCAACCUUUUAAAUCAGUAUCCACUGGUCAUAGACAUUCAGGGGACAGCGAUAACGAAUGGAAGGACGAGGAAGAAAGCGAGGAAAGCAAUGGGAGAGGACGGCAUGAUGGUAAAUUUUGGUUCCUCAGACAUCCGAGAUACGAUACUGCUGAAUUCGAUGAAAGAUCCUUUUACGAGGAAGCAUCGGGACCUAUUGACAACAGAUCGGAUAAGAGGGAUCGUAAUUUUCGUGGGCGUGUUGUUAGAAAAUCACGGGGGCCCUGGCCGAAAAAUGUUCCACACAGGCCACGUGACCCAUCCUCGUCGUCAUCCUCGUCGUCUCAACGUUGGCACGAAAAAACUCAAUGGGAGGAAGGUCCAAGAUCUUGUCAACAUCGGAAAUUAUUUUACAAGGACAACGAAGAUCGUUACGAGCCGCCCCCGCCCCCAGUGCCCCCGCACGAGUACAUACCGAGAUUUUGGAAAUGCCGAUCUAAAUCACAACGAUGGAAUUUGAUACCGGACGAUCCAUUUUAUGAGGAGGAACGUAGGAGAAAUACCGAGAGAAAAGUAACGUUAAUGGUUAAAGAGGAGGACACAUUUGGCAGCGAGGAGAGCGUUGUUGGUUACGAGGACGAUGACAGAUGGACGAGUAACCGACGUAAAUACGAAAGAAGACGAUGGGACGAGGAAUUCGGUGGUAGAUUUUGGAGCAGGCGUGCUACUAGCCCACCGGACAGUGAAUAUCCAUCCAAGGAAAGUUAUUAUUAUUAUCGGGAGAGUAGAGAGAGGCCACACGAUUAUGUUGGGACAUGGGACGAGGAAUAUGGGGGACCUGAACGAGCUAUUGAAGAAUCGGGUAGAUACAAUACAACCGGUAGGAAGAGGCAUUGGCCUAAAAGGCCUAACAGUGCCAACGAAGGUCGUAAUACCGAUUACGGUGAGAUGGUAUACGCCGAAGCAAGGAACAAAUUUGGUACAUCCAGAUCGGAAUGCAGUGACAAUGAUUCAGAUCCGUAUUUAAGGCCAUCAGAGAGAUCGAGAAGUCGUGAAAUUUAUUGGGGUAGCGAUCAAGAAUACGAUAGUUGGCCGGAGAGACCGUAUUGGUCCGAGGGACCGGAUUUUAAAAGUGAAACGUUACAUCGGAAACGUGUUGUAAGGCAUAAAGCUGGUAGACAACAAAUCCAACCGAAAACUCAGAGUCCAUUCGAAGAUGAUUUUGCUCAGAGCAUUGAACAAGUUGAAUCAUCAGCUGCCACUGUUGAAUCCUUAACCCCGACCGAGUUACGCAUGCAUCUGGGAGUCGCCGAUUCUAAAAGGGAACCACCUUUGAGUCCAUCAUCGAUAACGACGACAACAACAAUGACCACCACCACGACGACGACUACGACACGAUCAUCAUCGAGCAAGGAUGUUAUAACACUUCCUCGAAGAGAACUCAUCCAACGAGAUUACAACAAAAGAACGAGUUUGUUCGAUGAUGAUUUGACAAAUUCACCUAAUGUCUCAUCGACCAGCGACGUUUCCGAUAGACGAAGAUUAUCCUCAGAUUUAAAAGCAACACCGGAAGAAAUUCUUAACGAAACGAAAGAUAAUAAUACUCACAGAUCGUUGGAAAGUGGUAUUAGUUUCGUUUCCGAAGCUAGCAAUACGCGAGAUUCUUUUUUUAACGGUGAUCUUAGGUUCGACGACGAGGAUGCAUUUACCUUCAAAUCAGAAUUAGAGGACAGCGUACCUGAACGUUGCACCACAACGUUGCCCCUUAAAAAUACCAGGCAAAACAAAUACGCCAGUUCUAACAGUAACAACAAAGGUAGACCAUCUGAUCAAUACAUUAGGAAAUCGGAAUCAGUAAACAUCUUCAUACGCGAGGAAGAUCCUUUCGACGAUGAUGAUUUUUUCAAUUGAUUCGCAACCAAUCAUCGUAUUACAUCAAGAUCCUAUAAUAAAUCGGACACUAUUCAUGUCUCAAAUGAAUGAGAAAAUUCAUAUUAACAUAGCCAUAUAUUUCAUUUUGUUCAUUUUCUUUUUUUUUUCUUUUAGGAACGCCGCGCAACAUUUGUCGUCGUCAUCUUCGUCCUCAUCGUUUCUGCUCCUCUCCCGCAUUUAUAGAAAUUAUAUAUUCAGGGUGUCUUGUAAUUAAUGACGAUCACGGGAUGAUUUUACGUAUAAAAAAAUGUCAAGUAUAUUAACAACAUAUAUUAGGAAUGAUAUUUUAUUGAUGCAAGAGGUUAUAUGUUUUAUAAAGAAUAAUCAAAAUCCUGACCGCGACUUUGACCAAAUUUUUGUUUUGUUUUUUGGAAAUGUAGGAUUCGGAAUCACUGAAUGAUUUAAGUUCAAUGUGAGUUUAAAGAUUAUACUCCACCAAGGUUCUUUAUUCCUUUCUUCCUGGUAUUCAUAUUUUAUUUUCUAAGAUUGACGACACCCCAGUAAAAAUCCUUGAAACAGUCUCGUCCAAUAAGCAUACAAGAGUAGAAUCUAUAUAAAACAUUUCGUCAUACCGAAAAUUUCUUGUCAAAAUAUUAAGAAACACGAUAAUGAUUCUCUUAGAAAUAUCCGAAAAUUAUUUUUCUACGUAAAAUCAUCCUUUCCCUUCUCCCUUCUCCUCCCUUUCCCAUGCUCGUUCGUAUCACCAAUUUUUUAUGGGACAUCUUGUAUAUAUAUAUAUAUAUAUAUAUUAUAUUAUAUAUAAUAUACCGGUGCGUAUUUUCUAAGCUUUGCUACUCGUGAAGCGUGGUUAUUCGAUGUCUCUCUCUCUAUUACUAUUUUUUAAUUAAAAAUUACUGAUUUAUAUAUAUUUUUUUUCUUUUCUCUUGUAUGUGUGUGUGUGUGUAUUUAAAACACACACUUAGAAACGAGAUACACGCUUUGUCGAAUGCAUUUAUACAUAAAGAAAGAAAGAAACAAACAAACAAAUAAAAAGAAAUAAAAAAGAAAAAUAAAAAAGAAGAAAAAAAAAAAAAAAAGAAACGUUAUUUAAAUUAAGCUUUGACUAAAUGAAAUUUGGCAUAGUUGUCGUCGUCGUCGUCGUCGUCAUUGUUGUCGUCAUUGAUAAGACGAGAUAUAAAUUAGGUGCUCACCACAAUAGAUUCAUUAAUUAUUUAUUUUAUUUAUUUUAUAUUUUAUAUUUUAUAUUUUAUUUUAAUAAAUUGUAUGUGUUUCGUUGCAAUAAUAUUCCAUACGUGUAAAUUUGUGUCUACAAAAAAAAUGAUUAAUAUAACAUACAAUUGUUUCGUUACCAUAAUUGUGAACGUGAUAAAUGUAUUUAAUUGUUGUCAGAGAAUUUGGAUUGUGUGUUCGGUGCGGGGGUAGGGACGGGGGUGAGUGGGUGGGUGGGUUUUGAGAUUGGUAUGCUUAAGGUUUGAAUGAGAAAAGAUAAUUAUUUAUUGUAUUGUUAGCAAUAAGCUGAUGAUAUUACGUUUAUAGCGGGUUCAAGGUUGUACUGACAAUAAUUCUAUUAUAUUUUAAUGCCAAUUAGAAUUUUCUAUUGGUCGGGAACGAUUAAAGAAAAUAAUGAUUUUCAACAAACAUAAUUUGCUGUUGCCUUGUUGCGUGUUUAGAAUUGAUCGAUUAUACUUAUAAAAUAUUUGUAUGAUGAUAAUAAUAUCAUUCAAAGGGGUUGUUGUUUCAAUCAGAGGGGGGGGGGUUAAAAAUUUACUUGUCAUUUUAUUGCUUAGAUAGAAAAUAAAAAAUUGCUUUUUUUAAUUUAUUUUUUUUUUAAAUAAAGUUCUUUUAUUUUUGUUUUAUGUGUUUAGUUCGAUAUAGUAUUCGCGAAUGAAUCGAAUUAUGUUUUUCAAUUAGAUACAUGUUAAUUAUGUCUGUGUGUCUGUGUGUGCGCGCGUGUGCGUAUGUUAAGAAUGUUAUUGGAUUAUGGGAAUAGAAUGAAGACGGUGAUCAAAAAAAUAAAAAAAACAUAAAUGAAUUCCAGGCGCGAUCGAUGGCCCUUGAAAGUAAUUUUUCACAAACCCCAUAUGAAUUACGAAAAAUAUCACAUUGUAAUAUUUAACACAA